CUUACCCUUUACACAUUAACAACACUUCUUCUUUCCAACAACCAAAAAACUCUUCCAAAAAUGUCUUCCAAACUCUGCGACUCAUGCCAAUCCGCCACCGCGACUCUCUACUGCCGCCCUGACUCCGCCUUCCUCUGCGCCGCCUGUGACUCCAAAGUUCACGCCGCCAACAAACUCGCCUCCCGCCACCCUCGCGUCACUCUCUGCGAAGUCUGCGAGCAAGCACCUGCACACGUCACGUGCAAAGCCGAUGCCGCCGCUCUCUGCAUCUCCUGCGACCGUGACAUCCACUCUGCUAACCCCCUCGCCGCUCGCCACGAGCGUCUUCCUAUUACUCCUCUCUUCGAAUCCACCAUUUCUCAAUCCGAGAAACCGCUUCACAAUAACAAGCACUACGAUGAUUCUGUUAACGAUGAAGCCGAAGCUGCUUCGUGGUUGAUAACCGAUCCUAAGGCGGAUCUAAACUCAUCUCCUUAUAUAUUCUCAGAUUCCGAAGCUAUUCCGUUUAUGGAUCUCGAUUACGGUGUUAUCGAACAUAAAAACGUCGACGGUGUAGUUCCUGAUCACGGUAACUUCGAUCUUUUUGCUUAUGCGUUCAAAAACAACAACGUGCAGUCACAUACGGAGGUAGAGACACCUACGCCGUCACAGUCGCAGAUUAGUCACAGUGUGGUGUCAUCGUCGAUGGAGGUCGGAGUUGUUCCCGACGGAGACGUUGUAUCGGAGAUAUCGAACGGUGGAUACGUCAAGGCGGUGGCGGCGGAUCGGGAAGCGAAGGUAAUGAGGUAUAGGGAGAAGAGGAAGAAUCGAAGGUUCGAGAAGACGAUUCGUUACGCUUCUCGUAAAGCUUAUGCGGAAACUAGGCCAAGGAUCAAAGGGAGGUUUGCGAAGCGUACCGGUGCCGUUGAUUCUACUUGUGGAUACGGCGUCGUUCCCUCUUGUUAAUUUUAUUUUCUUUUCUUUUGUGAUGUUGAUUUCUUUGCUUCUUUUUCACUUUUCAUUUUCUGUUCUCUGCUGUAAAUAAAUUUUUGUUCGUUUUAAUCAUGUGCGUAAUGUAAAUUUGCAAACUGAUCUAUCUGCCAACGAUUUUGUAUGGUUUUUGGGAAGA